CCGCCGCCGCCGCCGCCGAGGUGACUGAAGAGGAGCCCCCCGGCCGCCCGCCAGCCCUCGCCGCCGGACUUCAAUGCCCAGCCCCCAGCUUGCCGGCGUUCUCUGUUGGAAUUCACGCUGCACAUUUAUGGCGAUUCUGAGCGUACAGGCAGACUUCUGCCAGGCUCAGCACAGUGCUUUCGCUGACAAGUGAGCUUGAGGCUUCUAUGUGCCAUAAUUAACAUUGCCUUGAAGACUCCGGACACCAAGAUUGGCCUCAGAGAUAUUUGGCAUAUAUCUAUAUUUUUUUCAUAUUGGAAGCAUAUUCCCUUUAACGACUCCAGCAAAAUAAAGGAUCAAGAAAACACAAGUGCAGAGCAGGUCUAUACUUUCACCUUGCCUCACCAGUGCCUAAAUGUAGGAAAGGCUGCUGAAGUUGCAGGCAGUUGGAUUUUUGGAGGUUGAAGGUAACCAUCUGCAGUCAUUGAGGCCCAAGUUGAAUCUGAAUUCCAGUGGAUUCUAAAUAGAUCUGCUUAUCCUGAAGAAACUCCUUAAGGAAGGAACAAGCUGACUAGAGAAGACACUGAUCAAUAAUAGGCAUUUUUGUGGUCUUUUUAAUGUUUUCUGCUGUGAAACGUUUGAAGGGUUAUUGAUUUUUCCCCCCCUAUUUUCCCAUCUUUUCCUCAAACACACACACCCACACAUACCAGCUGUCCCCUUCCUCUCUCAUUCUCUUUUACUCUUUCUCUCUCUCUUUCUUUCUCUUUCUCUCUCUCUCUCUCUCACACACACACACACACACACACACAUACACACACACACACUCUUACACACACACUUUUUUGUCUGCCAUAAUGAACCGUCCAGCCCCUGUGGAGAUUUCUUAUGAGAACAUGCGUUUUCUGAUUACCCACAAUCCUACCAAUGCAACACUCAACAAGUUCACAGAGGAACUUAAGAAGUAUGGUGUGACAACUUUGGUCCGUGUUUGUGAUGCUACAUAUGAUAAAGCUCCAGUUGAAAAAGAAGGAAUCCAGGUUCUAGACUGGCCAUUUGAUGAUGGAGCUCCACCUCCUAAUCAGAUCGUAGAUGAUUGGCUAAAUCUAUUAAAAAGCAAAUUUCGAGAAGAGCCGGGUUGCUGUGUUGCUGUGCACUGUGUUGCAGGGCUGGGAAGGGCACCUGUGCUGGUUGCACUUGCUUUAAUUGAAUGUGGAAUGAAGUAUGAAGAUGCAGUUCAAUUUAUCCGACAAAAAAGAAGGGGAGCAUUCAAUUCCAAACAGCUGCUUUACCUUGAGAAGUACCGACCUAAGAUGCGAUUACGCUUCAGAGAUACCAAUGGGCAUUGCUGUGUUCAGUAGAGAAAAAGCUGAAUUUGAUCGUGUUUUUUUGUGGGGACUCUUGGUACCUGGAAAUGUGAAUCUGGAAUCUAACUAUGUCAUCAAAAUAGUGAUGGGAGUUAUUGCUCCUUAACCUCUGUCCUAAUGUUUUAAAAACAAAACAAAGCAUAAAGAAAACCCUCUAUAACAUGAAAAUAAAAAAUUUUAAAAAGUGA